UCCCCGGCCUACAUGUCAUGUUUGGGUGCACGUUUUUUCCAAUUGUGUUCUCCACCUUCUCACACGCCGCUCCCAAAUUGAUGUUGCGUGCACGGAACUCCGAAGACUGACGAUGGGCACGCGACGAAGUCAUCCGAACCACCAGCGACAGCGCGCCACCGAAUGAGUGCAUGAAGAAUCUUUUGGAGCGAGCACGUUUGAUUGGAGUCCAACCCGGAGGAGACGGCCAGUCUAUGCCCGCGCCCGGCUCGUCUGGCAGCGGUCGCUCCGGGUCAGAUGGUGCUGAUCACGGACGACAGGGAUGGAGGAGUCGCAGCGUCGCUCCGGGUCAAGCAGCUGCAGCAGCUGAAAAGCACCGGCGCGGGCAUCGUUCAAGUCCACCCGACCAUAGGUGAGGAGGAAGACCACCUUGGCUCCUGUGAGGAUGAAGAAGACAGCGAGGAGGAGGACGACGAGUUCGAAGAAGUUGACUUUGAGGACUUGUGCGACACCAAGAGCAUCACGUCCGACGACUCCUUCUACCCUCCGGAUGAUGCGUUCGUGCACUCUGAUCGUUCGCUGUCCCCGCCGAGUCCUGAAGCCGUGUCGUUCUUCCGGGCGUGCUGCACCAACAACCCGGCUAUGAUCCGGAUCAUGAUACGGCAUGGGCUUGCGGAGGACGAGGUCAAGCAGACGGACCGGAACAAUAGGACAGGGCUGCUGGUUGCUUGUUACCAAGGCUAUGUUGACGUUGUCAUAGCGCUGUCUCAGUGCCCGUAUUUGGACGCUAACUGGCAAGACAGCGAGGGGAACACGGCCCUCAUCACUGCAGCACAGGCAGGUCACAUUACAAUCACCAACUACCUACUCAACUACUACUCAGGCUUGGACAUGGAGAGGAGGAACUGUCACGGCUUUACUGCUCUCAUGAAAGCUGCCAUGCAGGGCCGCGUUGAAUGCGUGCGCUCGCUCAUGAUGGCGGGGGCCACCCUAAAUGCACGAGACUGCGGCCGCCAAAUGACCGCCAGGGAGUGGGCCGUGUUCACUGGCCGCUACGAAACCGCCUGGGUGAUGGGCCGACUGAUGGAACGAUGCACUCCGGGUCAAAUCUGCGACGCAUACAGUCUAGAAUGGCCACCCUUGGCAUCAAUGGUGGCCAAAGCCCGGGAGCCCCGAGGCUGUAUAAAGCGCUUGACCGACACGGUGCGUGACAUCUUCACCCUUGCUAACGUCACCAAUCCUGAGGACGCCGGUGUCAUCGACCACCUGGUGUCUGUGACCACAGGCAUCAGGAGUCCAUUUAUCGCCGUGACUUGUCAUACGGUGUGUCCCGACAGUCCCCCGAGCGUAGGCAAACGGCGCUACGCCGUUCCCGAGAUCCUCCGCCAUCAGCGAGCCAAAGAGCUCAGUGCCAUCAAUCCUCACAGGGCGGACAGCCACCUCAAACUGUUCCAGAACUCACGGGUCACAGUGGUACCCAAGCCGUCAUGGGAGCGUCGGGCCAGCCUUCAGACGCAGAACACGGCGCCGCGGGCAAGGAGCUCCAGCCUGGGAAUGUUGCCGUAUAACGGAACGGAGCUACGAAGGACCAGCCUGCUUCCUCUGCACACGUUGCUUAGGAGGAGCAGCGUUCGGCCGGGAUUCACCAUACCCAAAGUGAGAGUGUCCAAGGCCCCCGCAGCCACUUAUGAACCUGAAAAGAUUGGCAGGAAGAGCAGCACCAAAGAAGGAAGACACCUGCUGCAGAUCCCCAAGUGGCGAUAUAAGGAGCUCAAGGAGGAGAGGAGGAAAGCCGAGGAAGCUGAGCGAAGGAGGCUGGAGGCAUUAAACAAAAGACAACUCACUGUUGGGGUGAGGAAGUAGCUUCUUCUUCUUUUUUUUUUUUUUUGCACUCUAAACCAAAAACGCAUCAUGGCUUGGACGUUAUUUGACUCAGGGUGACUUGACUUACCAGCAGUAUUCCAUUAACACGAAAAUGAUUUGAUCUGUGUCAUGAAAUGAACUUUAAAAGAGGACUAUACGAUUGCUGCCAGUUUUAGAAGCGCUCAUGUUAUUUGCAAUGAUGUCACAUAAGGAUGACCCAGGGGAUAGAUAUACUUGAAAGUGCUUUGAGCUUUAACUUAUUUUUCAUAUUUAUUGCUUUUCGAAACAGCCCGAAUGGCCAAGCCUGUAUUUUGUUACUUUUUUUUCACACCAGCGUUUUUGUAGUAUAAACACAAACAUAAAAAGUCUCUCAAAGCACAACGAAAACAGCUUCAGUACCUUUGUAAAAAAAAAAAAAAACGUCAUCAUAUUUGUACUAGACUAUUUUCCAGAAAGACCCUAAACAUAAGUAGCAAAUCUGACUGCAACAUAUUCCACAAUGACGUGUUGAAAAUACUGUAUUUUGUAAUAAAUAAAUGAAUUUUACUAUCAUUUCAAA